AUCUCGAAGUAUCACAUCGAUUGCCGAUUCGAUUGUGUCUGAUGUGUAAUGUUUUGUUUCGUCGUGACGUUUUGAAGAUUAGAUUCCCAUGAUGUCUGAUCCCGGUUAUUUGCAUGAUAAUCUAAAACUAGAGACACGACGAUCAGUUGUCUCUGAUGUGGAAUUUCAAGCGUCUCAAGUGAUUGAACGACUAGAGGAGGCAGCAGAGAGGGCUGCUGAGCAAGCUGCAGAAGGCACUGCCAACACUACAGGUGGACUUGCAUGGAAGAGCAAUGUGCCUGUGCUUACACCUCCGAGCAAGACCAAUGGUGAAAUAUUUAGGGUUCUUGAGGACUUGAUAGCAUUUGAAGAUAGUAGUAGUUUUUCCACUUGGAAUGAAGAUGCCUCACAGACGGAUGCAGAGAAUCCCGCUGUGGCAUCGGUCCCAGCCCUGGAUGCCCCAUCAAAGCUCGCUGUUGUUUCUCACAGUGUUGCUGCCCUGGCAUGCACACUAGAUAGAACUCACUCUCAGCAAUUAAACAGCCGCCUAGCAAGUGACUGCAGCCGAUGGCUUGCCCAUUUGUUUAGACUUGCAGAAAUAACAGAAGAGAGCUCAGCUUUAUUCCAUGAAGAUCCAUUGGAAGGUGUAGUAAGAAUUGGACGGUACUUGUUACACAAGAGGUAUCCAAAGUUUCAAGAGGAUGGUUAUGAAGCAUUAACUUCAGAACGGCCAGUAAUCUAUUCCAGUGUGGCUUCACCUCUUAAUAUAGUCCAGCAUCUCUGUAGACAGUUGGGGCUUCCAGUACGUUGUAUUCAGCCAGUGCCAUGUAACACAAUGUUUGGCUCCCAUCAAAGGAUGGAUGUUGCUGAACUGGAACGACUUAUAGAACAAGAUAAAAGUGCGCAUAGAGUUCCUCUCAUGGUUCUUGCUGAUGCAGGGACAGUCAUUGCUGGACAUGUGGACAACUUGACUCGAAUUCAAGAGGUGUGUGAGAAACACAAUGUUUGGAUGCACCUCAGGGGUCAUAACCUUGCUGCUCUAGUGCUCACCCAUCCAUCUGUCAAGCCUGUUAAGCUGGCAGACAGUCUCUCCUUGCCCCUAGGAAAUUGGUUAGGCAUACCUUCAUUGCCUAUUGCUACCAUGUAUUACUUGCCUCGCCCUAAUGAUGCAGAGGGUGAGGAUGUCUCAAGGAUUAAUACUCUUCCGAUUAUUGCUGGAUUAGUUAAUGACUUAUCAACAAGGCGAUUUGUCAGUCUACCUUUAUGGACCACUCUCCAGUCACUCGGAAAAGAGGGGGUACAAACAAGAAUUACACGCGCUUUGGAGUCCGCUGAAAUGAUGUGGAAAGCUCUUGCAAACCUUCCAUCUCUUCGAUUACUGAGUCAGCAGCCUGGCGGUGAAGGAGGGUCUUAUACAAUUGCAGAUAUUGUAGGCAAACAACUCAACCCUUUGCUUCUGGUUGAAGUAGUGGCAAGUACAGUGACUUUUCAAUUCAUCAAUGGAACUGAGAAAGGCCGAGUGUCUCCAUACUAUGACAAACUUAAUACUUGGCUUGGACAUAUUUUACAACAAGAAUGUCCUCAACUUAUCAUUGAUUUGUGUGAACUUGAGUCCCAUGGUAUUGUCUUACGUUACUGUCCCCUGGAGCUAUCUCCUGACUAUUUACCCAGCAAAGAGGAUAUUGAACAGUUUACAGUUUGCCUUGAGCAACAGAUGGAGGUAUUAACUGCUACUGUGCAGCUAAAAGACGUAUUCCAACAAUCUGUUUCUCGGAGCAAAAAUUUGCUACUUGUUCAAGACAUGGCAGAUUGGGCAGGCCUCGGUGGUGUCCGUUAUAUGCCUGACAGUUGGGAGCUCUUGCCCAGUGCGCGAGAUGAAUUGAACCGUCUCAACAUGCAGUUAGUUGAACGACUACAGAGUUCUGACCAGGCCUUCUCUUUAGGAGAAGAUAAUGAGGGCAUGGCAUAUGUUCGUUUUGGAAUGGUGACCACUGGGUCUGAUGUAGAAGAGCUUUUAGAAAUGGUCCUUUCUGUUGGAAAAGAAGUAGAAGAAUCAUCUCGAUUUUUAGAAACAAUGUCUCAGGUAGUGAAAAAAGGCAUAGAAGCUGCAACUUUGGACCUUCAGAAGGAAAAUGAAGAGCGAUUGUGGCAAGAGGGUUUGUUACGACAGGUCCCAGUUGUGGGAUCUUUUGUGAAUUGGUGGUCUCCUCGUAAUAAGGAAGGCGGUAUUAAAGGUCGUAGUCUGAAUCUUAAUGCUGGUAUUGUUGAGAGCACUGAAAAUAUUUAUAGGUAUCACAUGCAGUUGCAAGGUGGUGUUGCAUCUGCUGGUGCUCAGGGCAAUCGAGUCACCCCCACUCCAAUGGUCCAGACUCCUGUUGGUACUGUUAGUGGAAGUCAACAUUCGCGAAGCUCUUCUCAAACCUCUCAAGUAUCUCAGGUUUCCCAGACCUCUCCUACAGUCUCCAUUCCAGCAACUGGUCCAGCAUCCGUCCUAGCCCCCGCUUCAGCCCCCGCUUCAGCCCCUGCUCCAGCCCCCGCUUCUGCAACUGCGCCAGCCCCCGCUCCAGCUACAACUUCAUCCCCAGCUCCAGCCAUCGCUUCAGCCAUAAACGCAGCCCCUAUCCCUUCUGUGUUGACUCAAGCAACCCAGGCGCCACCUACAAUGCUUCCCAUGGGUUCUGUUUUGGAGUCUGUCAAGACUGUGCAUGUACCAAGUGCUCUCAAUAAUGAGCCAAAAGAAGCCAGAGUGCCUUGAUGACAAAUUAUGAACAUAUUAUUAGGUUGAUGUGACAGUUCCUCUGGUAUAAUCAAUUUCAAAGUUUUCAAAACAAGUUCUGCUUCCAGUCUGGUUGACAAUCAGUGUUUGAAUGCAUGGGCAUGCUUCAAACUACAUUCAAUCUUAUUUUUAGUUUUCUUUGCAAAUUUAGUGAAGAGGGUUUACCACAAUAAAGUUUAUAACUUGUCCUGAAAUUUAUAUUAUGUUUUGAAUAAAUCUUUUUUUUUUAAAUGAGGAGACAAAAUUUAUUGUCACAGAAAGUACUCAUUUGUCUGGCUAGUUUUUGUCAAUCAUGUUCCUGGAUGCUUGUCGGUUCACCAAGUGCAUUUUUAUUUGCUGAAUGUAAAUCAAUACAUUCUCUCGCCUUCAAUUUAUGUUUGUACAUACUAGUUGUGGGUUGGUUUCAACUCCACAUUAGGACAUGGAAUCCCUUACCUUGUUUGCUAUCAAGAACUGAAGUGGAAGGACUUCCUGUUCCAUUUUGUUGUUAUAAAUUAGAGCACUUCUUUUUAUUGUUUUAUGUUAUCCUUCCUUGUUAUAUAUUUAAUUCCAUAUUUUAUCUGCUCUGUACUUAUGCUCUAUUCGUUGUGCUUGGUUAUUGUCAAAGUACUGUGUAGUAAUUGCACCCAAUUCUCCUGUACUUGUGUUCCAUUCCAGCCUUUGCAGCCAUCAGGUUAGAAUUGAGGAUUAUAAGGCAAUUAUUGUUUUUGAUCGAUCCCCUUAAAUUUUAUUCUGACUCAGAAUUUGGAAGAAACAUGGACACAAGUUACCACAACCAAAGAAACACUUUGGUGUUUACUAUAAUUUUGAAAUUGUAGUUCCAAAAUGGAUGUUGAAUAAAUUAUUGUUAUACAUUGA